UAAAACCCGAAGCCGAAACCAAUAAAACUGGUUUUCUUUUAAGAAACGAAAACAAGAGAUUUAAUUCCAUUGACCAGUGCGAUUAAGCCAAGAAGGUUCCAGAUCCUUCAGCUUCAGCAGAAUGCAGAGUUACAGAAAUGAACUGAAGAUAAACUGAAAGUUGAAAGGUAGACCUGUCAGAAUUAUUGAAUGUUGAGAUGGGGUUGUAAUUUUUUAUUAAAUACUUAAUAAUUAAACUGUACAUAUACGUUAUUGUCAUAAUGUAGCUCGGAAAACCUACCAUGCAUUAAACUUGGAGUCUCUCGUAGCCUGUCAUAGCGUCCUUUAGUAUAAUUCUUUGAUAACAUCAACAAACAGGAACAUGUUUUCUCUACUAGAGCAGACUAAAGAGGAACGGUAUCAUGUACAUUAUCGUCUAAGUUUCAAGCAAGUUUGCCUCAUAACAGUAUCUUUUCCGUUUUUAGCCCUAAUAUUUUGUUUCAUCACUGCCUACAUCUUUCAAUAUGAUGAUAUACAUGAAACCCAUUGUAGGGUAUUUAAUAUUGUACCCUCAAUUAGUGCUAUCACUGGAAUCAGUCCUCAGAGAUACAUUUGGAGAAUCAGUAUUGCCUUUCACGUAGGACCAAGACUAAUAAUUUCAGCUGUGUAUCGGGCAUAUCAUUUAACUUUAAUAAAUCCUCUUGCUCAAAAAGAAGUUCAACUAAAAGCCCAGUUUUGGCUUAAUGUUGCGUUUUGGUUGAAUGUUAUUGAAACUGGAUCUUUAUGUGGGGUCACAUAUAUUUCCAACAGAGAAAAUUAUGCUAUACAUGAAAAACUAUUCAUAAUCUUUAUGGUGAGUAGCUUGACACACAUGCUAGCAUGUAUACAAGGAAUGAAGGGUGUUGCAGACACAAGAGAUGUGACACAGAACCAACAUUUUAAUAAGUGUCUAUGUCUGAAGCAGAAUCUCUUUAAUGUGUCUAUCUUGAUGACAGUAGGCUUGGUGGGGUUCUUCCUCCAGCAUAGGUUGCUAUGUCACAGAAUGGCUUUCAGUAUGUUUGCAUUAUGUGAGUAUAUCAUAGCACUGGCAAACAUGGCUUUCCAUGUAACAGUGAUACUGGAUUUUCCCACUGAGCAUUUCAUGGUAGCUAAGCAACUGAAUACUCAAGAAGGGGACUUAAAGUCUGCUUCUCUAAAAUUAGACUAAUUGAUUUCCUAAUAUUUAAAAGUAUGAUAGAACCUUUUACCAAGGUCAACGAGUGACCCUAAAAAAUAUAUACAGUUAUAUGAACCAAAGAUAACAUAAAAGUUUUUUUUUCGUGAUUUAUUGAUAAUUUUUAUGAGAGAGUUUAGUAAAAGGUUUUAUUAGAUAGUUAGAAGAAAUUUGUAGAUUUUUCCACAGUUGCUUCCCCAUGUAGACUGAAUUUGAUUGUUAAAGCAAUGUAGGGGCUAAAUAAUUUGUUUAUUUUCAUUUUAUACACAAACAACAUUAGUUUAUUUAAUAAACUAUUGCUAUUGUCAAUUCUAGUCAUCAAUACAAUCUGAAAGCAAUGAAACCAAAAAUUUGACAAAACCUUUUUGAAUUGGUUAAAAAAUUGUAAAAUCACCUUUAAAGCAGAUUUCAAUAUCUUGUUUUUACUGGUUGAAGAAGGUGUUGUCCCUCAAGUACAAAACUAUUCUAAAAAUUUAACAAACGAGCUACACACUGAUAUUAUUUCUUGCAAUUAGAUCACAAGCAAGGUUUUUAUAAUUAAAUGUAUAUAUGAGAAGAAAUGAGAUAAGUUACCACACUAAUCAUAUGGUCUUUUGUUUUAAUAUUUGAUAUAUUUUGAAACAGUUGUAAUUAAAAGGAUAAAAACUCAGAUAAAAACUUGUGAUCUGAUAUUAUAUUAUACAAAUGUUGACUACUGCCUCUCAGCAGUAGUACUUCCUACGACUCAGAUGCUUCCUAUUACUUUUAAAUACAUUUCUACACAUCUAAGAUGUCAUGUAACUAAUUUUAAGGCAUUUUAAGGUUUUUAGUAGAAGAUAGUGAUUCUUUAUAUAAGUCAAUUGAUUAAGAAUGUCAAGGAUUCGAAAAUGCUG